GAGCGAGCUGAGCGCAUGCGCCGAAUCUCCACGCUCGGGCCACGCCCCGGCCUCCCGGCUCCGGUUUCCGCUCGGGUCACCGCUCAUGCGCAGGAAUGUUGUGCACCAUCUCCAGGUGCUUAUGAUGUGAAAACUUCAGAAGUAUUGAAAGGACCAGUAUCCUUUCAGAAAUCACAAAGAUUUAAAAAACAAAAAGAAUCUCAACAAAAUCUUACUGUUGACAAAGAUACUACCUUGCCUGCUUCAGCAAGAAAAGUUAAGACUUUGGGAUUAAAGAAGGAAUCUCAAAAGAAUGAUAAAGACUUGAAGAUGUUGGAAAAAGAGAUUCGUGUCCUCCUGCAGGAACGGGGUACUCAGGACAAGCGUCUCCAGGAUCUGGAAGCUGAGCUGGAGAAGAUGGAAGCAAAGCUCGGCGCUGCAGUCAGGGAGAAAACGUCUCUCUCCGCAAGCAACACUACGCUGGAAAAGCAGCUCACUGAAUUAGCCAGGACUAACGAGCUACUCAAAUCUAAGUUUUCUGAAGAUAGUAACCAGAAGAACCUGAGAAUUCUAAGCCUUGAGCUGAUGAAGCUUAGAAACAAAAGAGAAACUAAGAUGAGGAGUAUGAUGGCCAAACAACAAGGCAUGGAGGUGAAACUGCAGGCCACCCAGAAGAAUCUGGAAGAGUCUCAAGGGAAAGUAGCACAGCUCGAGGGGAAACUUGUUUCAAUACAGAAAGAAAAGACUGAUGAAAAAUCUGAAACGGAAAAACUCUUGGAAUACAUUGAGGAAAUAAGUUGUGCCUCAGAUCAAGUGGAAAAAUACAAGUUAGACAUUGCCCAGUUAGAAGAAAAUUUGAAAGAGAAGAAUUAUGAAGUUUUAAGCCUUAAGCAGUCUCUUGAAGAAAAUAUUGUUACGUUGUCUGAACAAGUAAAAGACCUGAAUGCUAAAUGUCAGCUGCUUGAAAAAGAAAAAGAAGACCUCAUCAGCAGGGACAGAGAACGGGAUGAACAUCUGAAUUCUGAAAUGCAAAACUUAAAAGAGAAGUUAAUUCUUGAAAAACAAGAACAUGAAAAGGAGUUACAACAAAAGGAGUUGCAAAUUGAUUCACUUCUGCAACAAGAGAAGGAGUUACAACAAAAGGAGUUGCAAAUUGAUUCACUUCUGCAACAAGAGAAGGAAUUAUCAUCUAGUCUUCAGCAGAAGCUUUGUUCUUUUCAAGAGGACAUGAUGAAAGAGAAGAAUCUAUUUGAGGAAGAAUUAAAGCAAGCUCUGGAUGAGCUAGAUAAAUUACAGCAGAAGGAGGAAAAAUCUGAAAAGUUGGUCAAACAGCUGGAAGAAGAGACAAAAGCUAGAGCUGAAGAACUGAAACUUCUGGAAGAAAAGCUGAAGGGGAAAGAAGCUGAACUGGAGGGAAGUAAUGUUGCUCACACUCAGGCCACCCUGCUUUUGCAGGAAAGGUGUAAUACUGCAGAACAAAACCUUGGAAAUGUUACUGCUCAAUUCGAAAGCUAUAAAGCAUUAACAGCUAGUGAGAUAGAAGAUCUUAAGCUGGAGAACUCAUCACUUAAGGAAAAAGUGGCCAAGGCCGAGAAAAGUACAGAGGUUGUUCAGCAUCAGAUAUUGGCAACUGAGAGCUCAAAUCAAGAAUAUGCAAGGAUGCUUAUAGAUCUGCAGACCAGAGCAGCACUUAAAGAAGCAGAAAUUAAAGAAAUCACAGUUUCUUCUCUCCAAAAAAUAAGUGAUUUGGAGAACCAGCUCAAGCAACAAGGUGAAGACUUUAAGAAGCAGCUGGAAGAGGAAGAAGCAAGAAAAGCUGGAAAAGAAAAUACAGUGGCAGAAUUAACUGAGGAAAUGAAUAAGUGGCGUCUCCUUUAUGAAGAACUAUAUAAUAAAACAAAGCCUUUUCAGCUACAACUGGAUGCAUUUGAAGCAGAGAAACAGGCUUUGUUGAAUGAACAUGGUGCAGCUCAGGACCAACUAAAUAAACUAAGAGAUUCUUAUGCUAAAUUAUUGGGCCAUCAGAAUCUAAAGCAAAAAAUCAAGCAUGUUGUGAAAUUGAAAGAUGAAAAUAGCCAACUCAAAUCGGAGGUGUCAAAACUCCGCUCUCAGCUUGCUAAAAUAAAGCAAAGUGAGAGAAACCUUCAGGAGGAGUUGAAUAAAGUUCUGGGCAUCAGACGCUUUGAUCCUUCAAAGGCUUUUCUUCAUGAAAGUAAAGAAAAUUUUGUUCUGAAAACCCCAUUAAAAGAAGGCAAUACAAACUGCUACUGAGCUCCUAUGGAGUUUCAAGAAUCAUGCAAGUAAAGAUCUGAAAAACCAAGUUGAAGAUUAUUUUAAUCUUAUUCUUGUUGUUGU